GCUCCCGGCCGGAUGCAGUCUCGAUUUGAGCACUGCUGGUCAGAGCUGGGCAGGGGUCUCAGGCGACAACGUUCAUGGCGUCUCCUAGCAAGGCAGUGAUUGUUCCCGGGAACGGAGGCGGGGAUGUGGCCACCCAGGGCUGGUACGGCUGGGUGAGAAAGGGACUGGAGCAGGUUCCGGGUUUCCAGUGUCUGGCUAGAAACAUGCCUGACCCAAUUACAGCCCGGGAGAGCAUCUGGCUGCCCUUCAUGGAGACAGAACUGCACUGUGAUGAGAAGACCAUCAUCAUAGGCCACAGUUCCGGGGCUAUCGCAGCCAUGAGGUAUGCAGAGACACAUCAGGUAUAUGCUCUUAUACUGGUGUCUGCAUACACAUCAGACUUGGGAGAUGAAAACGAGCGUGCAAGUGGGUACUUCAGCCGCCCCUGGCAGUGGGAGAAGAUCAAGGCCAACUGCCCUCACAUUGUACAGUUUGGCUCCACUGAUGACCCCUUCCUUCCCUGGAAGGAACAAGAAGAAGUGGCAGAUAGGUUGGACGCCAAAUUGUACAAAUUCACCAACCGUGGUCACUUUCAGAACACAGAGUUUCCUGAACUAAUUAGUGCGGUGAAGUCUAUGCUAAAAGUACCAGAAUAGUUGGGAUAACUCCUGCUCUCCAACAUUCCAGGAUGGGGUAGAACAGUACCCAUUACCACACAGUACUAAACUUGAAAUGUCUACUUAUGCUACAGAAGUGCCUGAAAAACAAGCCUGUUUGAACACUCACACUAAGCUACUAGCAUUUUCAGUUCCCGCAGCUUAACUCUUCUUCAAAAGCUGUAACUAUAGAAGUAUUUUCUGUUUGAUAGGGAACACAGAGGGAGUUUGUUUAGCUAUCCUGCUGAUCCAGGGAGGAAGUCAGAAGUAGAACCAGACAUGGUGGUAUGUCUCUGUAAUUCCAGCACUUGAAAAAGCAAGGACCAGGAGGGGAAGGCUAGCCUGACCCUGUCUCAGGAAAGAAACAGCAAGUAGACUCUGGUAUCCUGAGUCUCAUUCUUAAUUAUAACUCAGUAGCUUCUGCAAGGUGUGACCCACUCCCGACAUCCUAGUAUUUGGGGAGCUGAAGAAGGUAGAUCUGGAAUUUGAGGCCUACCUAAGCUAAAUAUUUAGUAAAACCCUGUCUCAAAAAACAAAACAAAAAAACCCAAAGAAACAAAAACUAAACAAAUUUUUAUGAAAAGUAUGAGAGACACCUUUUCUUUUUGAAGUAAAAUUUUCUCUUACUGGGGUAAAAAAACAUGAUUAAAAGUCCAGAAUGUUCUUAGAAUUCAAAACUCUAGCUGCUGCUUCAAGCUGGCUCAAGAUAGCAAACUUCAAAUUUGGGUCAGAUCCCUGACCCCACCCCAAGUCCUUCUGACAAGACGAGUAAGGAAGUUGCAGGGGACAGAUAUCUGCAUAGCUUGUCAUCUUUGUACCAACUUCAGGUAGACUCGCAGGAUCAGGGCAUUGGGAGUGCUGCAGUACAGGAAUGUGACAAGUGUUGGUCUUUUUUCUAAGCUGGGGACUAUAUGCAUUUAAUCCCUACAUGAAUUAUGACAGCUGGCAACUCUGUAAUUGAACGAUUUGGAAAAGCUACAAGACAAAGACCAAGUUAUCCAUUUGUAAAUCUAGUCAUAAACGUUUUAGAUUCUCUAUAGUACAGGCAGUGGUGGGGCACACCUUUAAUCCCAGCACUUGGGAGGUGGAUUUCUGUGAGUUCAAGGCAUGGUCUACAGAGCAAGUUCUAGGACAGGUUACACAAAGAAAAAGAAAAAAGAAAAAGAAAAAGCCUAAGAUAACCAAAAUUAACGUAAGGGAACAAUUUGUACUGUAAGUUUUAAGUUAUCUUCCAAAAGAACUUUCCACAAUGCAAGUUCAAUUCUGUAAAGAGGUUAACCUCUUAACUUCUAUUGAUCAUUCAGGCAUUCCAAGAUUUUUCUUUCAUUAAAAAAAGAACCCCUUUUAAAAUAAUGUACUUUAUAUUAACAUACAUUGGAUUACAAGAUGGUUUCAUCAUGACAUUUUCACUCAUGUUUUUAAUGUAAAAAAAUAAAAACUUUUAUUUCCCAGGA